CGAGUUAACAGUGUGAGAAUAAUCAUUUGCUUGUACUCCAGUUGUAAACGUUGCGUUCGCGAGUUCAUCAGACGCAUUUAAUUAUUGGACUGUAUUCCUUUAUAUAGUUUUUUCGAAUUUCAUAGAUAAGGUUUAAUUAAUAAUGAUUAAGUUCGUUCGACCGCGAUUGGUAACGUUCGAUGUCACCGGUACGUUGCUCAUGACGAAACUAGAAGAGCAUUACGUUGAAAUCGGGAGUCAGCACGGCCUGUCGAUCGAUUCGCGCAAAGUAGCGCGAAGCUUCAAAAACAGUUUUCGCAGGCUCAGCCUGGAACAUCCUAUAUAUGGGAAACAUACGGGCAUUGGAUGGAAAAAUUGGUGGCGGAGGAUAGUUUACAAUGUUUUCAAGGAUCAGUGUGGCCAUCUUCCGGAACAUACUUUGGAUAAGGUUGCUAACAGUCUGAUUAAGUGCUAUAGCACGAGCAUGUGCUGGCACAAGUAUCCGGGCACGAUCGAGUUACUGGAAUUUCUGCGGGAGAAGGGCCUGAUAUUAGGCGUGAUAUCGAAUUUCGACGAGAGAUUAGAAGGAAUACUCCUGGACACCAACAUACGAUUUUAUUUUUCAUUCGUUUUAACCUCGUACGGUUAUGGCGUGGAAAAACCAGACGCCUCGAUAUUCAACGAGGCUCUCAGGUUAACAAAGGAAGGGUGCAGUGUCGAUAUAGCUCCCGAGGAAGCGGUACAUAUAGGCGACAACGUCAAGAAUGAUUACAUUGGUGCAAAAACAGCCAAUUGGAAUGCUCUUCUUAUGAGGCACGGUAACGAUAUCAUAAACGAGCACGAAGUUCCUAAAAAGGAUAUUUUUACAAAUUAUCAAGAUUUACAAGCGCAUUUUUCUGCCCUUCUUGAUCGGGACACGAAACACGAAUAAUCAGUUAAAAUUAUUUUAAAAGCUAAUAUUUGUUUCGAUGAAUAUAGUGUAAAUUGUCCAUAAUCGAUUAUGUAUUUUUACUUUAUUUAAAUAUCAGUAGUAAUAAUAAUUAUGCAUUCACUGAUAUUAAUCCAACUAAGGGAAUAUCCACUAUAUGAAUAUUUUAUCUAAUAAUAUGUUAUAAUCCAGUCUG